AUGAUAUUAGCCAACAAUAGAUCAAUUCUAUACUCUAUAAAAUGGUUUUCAACAGUGAAGACUGUCGGUAUUAAUGAUGUUAGUGGGUUACCCAGUGGUAGUACGGUAUUUAGCAUGAUCCAACCAAGUGGUAAGUUUCAUCUAGGUAACUACUUGGGGGCUAUUAGUUCAUGGAAAGCUUUGAAUGAUGCAAAGGAUAAUGGCGGAACUUUACUAUUCGGUACCGCUGAUUUGCAUGCGAUUACAACUCCUAAACCCAGCGCAUCGACAUUUCGCCAAAUGAGAAAGGAAGCCAUUGCAAGCAUUCUCUCGAUAGGGAUCGAUCCUAAGAAGGCGAUCGUGUUCCAUCAGUCACAAGUCCCUCAGCAUACAGAGCUGCAUUGGUACCUAUCUACAAUAACCUCAAUGGGUUACCUGAAUAGAAUGACACAGUGGAAAUCAAAGGCCAACGUUAACGCUAAUAAUCGCAGUGAGGUAGGUAACGUUAAAUUGGGUUUAUAUUCAUACCCAGUUUUACAGGCUGCUGAUAUUUUGCUGUAUAAGGCAACUCAUGUCCCAGUAGGAGAGGAUCAAAGCCAACACUUGGAGUUAACAAGAGAGUUGGCAGAAGCCUUUAACAAGUUGUAUAAAGCCCAUUAUUUCCCGUUACCAGUUACGAUGAUGACUCCUACUAAAAAGGUUCUGAAUCUUCUCAAUCCAGAUAAAAAGAUGUCCAAAAGUGAUAUAAACCAAAAUUCCGUUAUAUACAUAAAUGAUGAACCUGAUGUCAUUCAACGUAAAAUUAGAAAGGCGGUCACUGAUUCCAUAAGUUCAGAAUUCAAAUAUGAUCCAGUGAAUAGACCUGGUGUUUCAAAUUUGAUAAAUAUAGUGUCAGGAAUUCAAAAAAAGUCAAUUGCGGAUGUGGAAUCUGAUAUAUCUAGCUUCACUAGUCAUAAAGACCUGAAGGACUACGUCACGGAGAUAAUAGUUGAAGAGUUCAGAGGUCCAAGAAGGGAGUUCUCUAGGUAUAUUAACGAUCCAAUGUAUCUGGAAGAAGUUGAGGCAUCGGGAGCCAAGCGUGCCAUCGAAAUUGCUGAUAAAAACCUGCAAAGCAUCAAGAAGUAUAUGGGCUUUUAA